ACAAAAUGGGCCGUGAAUUUUUCUUGAAAGGAAAAUUAUAUACCAUCGUAAAAAUGGUCAAGAAAUGAAUUACUUGACAAUACCGCUUUUGGCAAGUCAAUUCAUACUGACUUUCCUUAAUAAACAUUAAUCUUCUCAAAAAAAAAAAAAAAGUCCUACGGUUUCUCUUUCGGUUUUUAAGCCAGACAGGGCCUCCAUUUCGUGUGUUUUUUAUUUGGUCUGUAAGAUCUGCCAUUUUCAAAGUGUCUGCUUUUAAGUGAUUAAGCUGCUUUUUUUUUUUUAAAAAAAAAAAACAGAGACAAAAGCAGGGGCGGUCACCAUGGAUGUUGUCAGUCAGUUGCAGAGACAGUUUAUUGACUACUCUGCGUCUCUGCAUCGUGAGGGAUUUGUGGAUGAUCAGUUUACUCAGCUCCAAAAGCUGCAAGAUGAAAACAGCCCCGAUUUUGUAGUUGAGGUUGCCUCUCUUUUCUUUGAAGAUUGUGAGAAGCUUAUUAACAAUAUGGCCAGAGCUUUAGAGCAACAACAAGGUGUGGAUUUUAAGCAAGUAGAUGCUAGCGUCCAUCAGCUAAAGGGUAGUAGUUCCAGCAUAGGUGCAAUGAGAGUUAAAAAUGUAUGCAUUAACUUUCGAAGUUUUUGUGAGGCCCAAAACCGUGAAGGGUGUUUGAGAUGCCUGCAACAGGUUACUCAUGAAUACUCCCUGCUGAAGAGCAAGCUUCAAACUUUAUUUAGGAUGCAGCCGUCAAUGAUGGCAGUUGACUGUGUUCUUCUGUCCUUGGUAGGCUUAGGUAAUCGGAGUGUGGUCUGAUAAUUUCUGAAGAAAAUGUGAUCCAGAUUCCAGAGGCAGUACAAGCAGUUGAAGCAUAUAACUCACUACUUACCAAGGACAGUCGCAUGUACCAGUCCAAUGGCGAUGUUUCUCCAUUGGUCAAUCUCUUGACAUUUCUUCUUAUGGGAUUGGCACUACUCAGUUCAGCUUGCCAUUGUCUGCUGAACUAUAUGAGCAUAAAUUAUUGAAAGCCAUAGCCUGAUGCCCUGAUUAUCUUUCCGUCUCCUGUUAAUAAUUUAUUUACUCUUUUCGUUGGA